UCUCUCUUUCUCUUGCUUCUCCAACUUGCAGUGAUGGGGAAGCAAACCAAAUCCAAGAAAGCAGAGAAAUUCGGCAAAGGGAAGGUAACUCCGGUCCAAAUCGCCUUCAUCGUAGAUCGAUAUCUCUCUGACAACAACUAUACCCAAACUCGCUCCGCCUUCCGAAACGAAGCUUCAGACCUCAUCGCCAAAUCUCCUGUUCAAGAGGCACCGAAGAGUUUGUUGAGUUUGGGAGCAAUGUUGGAUGAGUACAUAUGUUUGAAGGAGCAAAAAGUGAUGAUGGAUCAAGAUAAGCACCGUUUGGAACAGGAGAAAUUUCGGGUUCAAACGCUGUUGAGAGGUAUGCAAGAUGCGAUGAAUGCUUAUAAUCGUCCGCCGUCUAUGGUUCCAUCUACAGCCCCAAAAUCAAUGCCUAUGGCUCCCCAAAUAGACCUAACUAUUGGGCCCGCUGCAGGUCAUCCUUCUUACAAAACCCCAGUCAUGAUGUCAGUAUCCAGGCCCUCCAACACUCAUAUGGAUCCCAAAAAUUUCUACACACCAGUUACAAACCCAACUUCAAGACGGAGAAAGGGUUCAAGAAGUGUUCCAGAUGGCCCUGUAAAUGCAAAGAGAUCUCGUAUUCACUUAACCACCAACCCUUUGCCAGUCAAAGGUACUGAUUCAUUUCCGCAACCAAUAAAUGCAGCCGGUAAUCAAGAAAAUGCUCAGCAGUUUUCUGCAGUUCAAUCUUCACCCCAUGAACAUGAUAAUGUGCCCAAUGGAUCACCAGUUCAAGGAUCAAGUGUUGCCAAGUGUUUGUUCAAUCAGCCUAGUCAAUCCCCUCCAACUAAUUCGUCUGGUCCCGUGACACCUCUCAGAGCAACUUCCUCUCAAACUGACAAAUCUGUUUCUCCACUCACUGCUACUCCAAGUAACAAUGUUGCAGCCCAGCAGAUCAUCUCUAGUAACCGCACUGUAAUCACUUCAGAGACAAUUAGAGUGAGCCCUGCCAAACAAGUAGCUUAUUAUUCCAUUGAGAGGAAUCACCGCAUUUCUUCUUCCUCACCAGUCAAGACAAAUUUGAAGAGGCUUGGCAUAAGAGAUCAUGUAAAAGGCAGGCUAGAUUUUGAUGGUUCUGACAUGCCAGUUAACUCUGAAAAACCGAUAAUUGAUGAGGUUCCAACGUCUCAAUCCAACAAUGACUUAGACAUCUUUGAUUUUGAUUUGCCUAAUUUAGAUGCUCUUGGAGUGGAUUUCUGCCUCUCUGAAUUGUUGGUUGAUUUUGAUCUUGAUGGUGAGGGAAUUAAUUAUUCUUGCCAGCCAGCCUCGGGUUCUCCAGACUCCCUUUCUGGAUCCCAAAACGAAUCAGGAGAUGCUAAUCUGGGUGCUAAUCAAGUUUUAUCUGAGUUUUCAUCCACCGUGACAGAAAUUUUUUCAGAGAACGACAUGAAUACACAAGCAGGCCCAGAUUCUGUGACCAAUGUGAAGUCCAUAACAAAAUGCAUUCAGAUAUUAAGUCCUGCAAAGAAUCAUACAUGCUCUACUUUGGAUCGGGAGAAUCUGUCUGCAAGAAGCUGACUGGCUUAACAAUACCAACUACUCAUACGUUGACAUGGACCAGUACAGUAAUUACCACCUGAUGUUGUAACUUCAAAGUUUAACAAAUUUGCUUGAACUGACAUUGAUUUCUGUCUAGCAUUAGACUAAUUUCCCUUAAGAUUGCCUGUUAGGCUUUUACUUACAGAUUUAAUGUUCUCCUCUACCUAAAAUAGAAAAAACCUCACAUGAAGUUCUGGAAAAAUACAAAGCUCUAGUGUACUGUUAUGACUAGUUGACUUUGAUGAAUACUACAUAUUUCUAGUUAUUUUAUUUUAUUUAUUAUUAUUAUUGUUUUAAA